ACUAUUAUAGUGAUAACUGCCAAUUCGUUAUCGAAUCUUCCAUAAUGUAUCUUUAAGUUUUUUAAAUACUACAUGGAGCGAAAAAUAAGUUGGUGGGGGGCGGGGUGAUUGCCAGCCUUAUGAAUUAAUUAUUUCAUACUAAUAUAACCAUUGGCCGUUAGUCUGGGUUUUGUUUGCGUGCAGACUUGAGUUCAAAUAGAAUGAAUUUAUAUUUCUGUCUUGGUCUAAAUGAUACCGUCAUGUAAAUAGAAAAAGGAAUGCUGGUGCGAAUAGUGCACACGGAACGUACAGAUUCUUUCAACUUCAAUUGUUGACAAAACAACCCCAAGAACAUUGCCUGACGUUUGAAUUGUUGAACUUCACAGGCAACUGUUGACAAAAAGAUUUUAGAAAAAUAAACCAACUUUGUAGACUUGCUUCAUGAAAUAAUACAUGUUAUUUUGUACUCCUGUUACUUCGGGACAAUAAAUGGAUCGGCAUGCUACUAAAUAAUGUAGUGUGUCAUUGAUUUUAAACCAGAACUACAUUUGAAACAAUGUCCUUGCACGCCUUGCUCAGAAGAUUUCAUCGAAAUAAAGACAGCAUAUUUUUUAUGUCACAACCCAUUGUCUGUCUGUCACGGGCACGUGUUAAAUAUAUAUUUCUACUAAGGUCUGCAGGCUUGAUUAUAGGAAAGAGGGAAUUGGGCAGAUGAUAUAGAACAUUGUAGCCAAUUUAUUUACAUGGUGCCAAAAAUCACAGUUGACCCUCAACUAAAACAACAAGACGAAAUUGACGAAAAGAACAGAUCAACGAAAUGCCGACAUCUUUAGAAUUGUAAACAUAUCUUGGCGGGGACAUUGUAAAAGAUUGAAAUUGUUGUGGAAUUUUCAAAUCUUUGUGUACAUCAAUAGAAAUUCUUCGGAGCGUGUUUCAUUGAUUAUAAGUGUGUGUUUAUCUCGUGAUAAAUGCGACGACACAAUACAAAAUGACUGGAUUCCAAUAAAAUCCGACUGCGCCGUGGUAAUCCAGUGCAUCGUUGAUCUUGAGGGAAUUAUAACAUGCAUGUAGGUUGUUUCUAAAGAUUGGAAUACUCUAAUUGACAGAUUUUCAUAAAAGGCACCGUUCUUAUUUAGUGAAUAUUUGCGCUUUCUCGGUCUAAUUAGGAAUUGUACAGUUUGAAAAAGUUGUAUCUAUUUUAUAUUUGCAAAAAUCGUGGAUUUAGUAACUGGGAUAUGAGAACAGGGAGAUGGAUUCAAUUUUAGCUGGCGAAUUUCUUACGAUGUAUUUUUUCAUGGAGUUGUCGUUGAAUGUUCAACGCCAAAGAAAAUGAAUUCUUGGCCUUUUUUUGGGAAACAUGUGGAUAUAUUUUUUAUAAUUUUAAAAUGUUUGAGUGUUGAUUAAGGUGUGAAGAAAUUGCAAUAUUUCAGCAGAUAUUGCCAAUGUCUGCAACAAUGAGACGAAUCUCCUUUAAAAAAUUCAAAGAGCUUCAGCGUUUUGUGUUUGGAUUCUGUCUUGGAUAUUUUAUGGUUCAAUGGUUAUCUCUCUCCAUUCUUCGAAUUCAUGUGAAGAAUUGCCGAAAUUUCUUUCAUCCAUCGGCAACAGAUGCCAUAACCGAAACUUUAAUUCACGAAUCAGAAGACAAGUUCCUGUUAGUAGCUGUCAUGACAACCAGAAAAUACUUGGAAACUCGGGCCGAAGCUAUGUAUAAUACGUGGGGACAACAAGUGCCUGGGAAAAUUAUGUUCUUUGUUGGAGGUACAACAGCGUACAAUGGAACUCUGCCGGUUGUCCUUUUGAAAGAUAUCAAAGAAGACACAUACCCGCCCCAAAAGAAAUCCUUCACAAUGUUGAAGUAUGUGACCAGUCAUUUUCUCAAUGAAUACGAAUGGUUCAUGAGAGCCGAUGACGAUGUUUUUGUCAAGACAGAUCGUCUAGAACAUUUUUUAAGAUCUGUAAACAGUUCCAAGCUGUUGUAUAUGGGUCAACCUGGCACUGGAACCAAAGAAGAAAAGGGUAAACUUGGUCUUCUGAACGAUACGCCAUAUUGUUUAGGAGGCCCGGGUGUAUUUUUUACAGGACAGACGUUAAGUAUACUAAUGAAUCAUUUCUCUGAUUGUUUGAAUAGCACAGCAACACGUCAUGAAGAUACUGAGUUAGGGAGGUGUAUUCAAAAACAUGCUGGCAUCGCUUGCACUAGUUCUUUUGAGUUCACUCGAUUAUUCUACCAAAAUUAUGGAGGUAAAAAUGGAUCUUUUAAUCACAAACUGGGGUUAACAGAAGAAAGGGCCAUAACUCUCCACCCAAUAAAACAACAUUCUCAUAUGUAUCGUCUCAACAAUCAUUUCUCACUUCUAAGAUUGGACAGAUUGAAUAAAAAAGUGAAGCAGCUCGCAGAAACAUUUCAACAAUUAAGUCAUAUCAUUGAUAAUACGGAGAGUAAACACACGAGUCCUAAUAAAAUAAAAUCUUCAGAAAUUAGGAAGAGAUUACGGCAGUUAGAAGGCUGGUCCGAAUUGCACACAGGGGAUAACCCGAACGAUUGGUUAGAGACAGAACGUGGAGAUAUUUGGGAUUUUAUCAGUCAGAAUAAACACAUAUACUCAAGGUAUAAUGUAUUUAUAAAUCCCAUUGAUGACGUAUCAAGGAAGGGCAAGGUCCUAUCUCUAAACGCUGCUAAAAAAGCUGUCGGUGGCGACCAAAAAUACCGCUUCAAGAAAUUCGCAGGGUUUUCAUACCAGCGUUUAUCUUUUGGAAAAAGAAUGGAAAAUAUAAUACCAGUAAAAACGUCUCCGAAUUCGUCCAUUUCUGUCCGAACUGUACACAGAUUUUCUGGUGUGGAAUUCACUGAAAACAUUGAUUUAGUUGACAAUCAAGAUGUCAUACGUCCAACAAUAUGGAUUAUUGUACCGUUGUUCAAGAGAUCAAGAAUGUUCGCCUCGUUUCUUUCAUCACUAACUCGAGUCAUUGAAAAGUUUCAGGGAAAUAUCAUUUUGUGUGUAGUUCUUUACGUCGACGAUGACGAUGAGUACAAAAAUUCGCAACGUUUUGCUGAUGUUAUGCAUAACUUUUUAGACAAAUUGAAAAUUAGAUUAACUAUUUUAAAUGAACCCUUUUCGAGGUCCAAAGCCAUAAAUAUGGGAAUGCGAAGCUUGAAAAACGACUCAUUGUUAUUAAUCAUGGAUGUGGAUAUGAUUUUCAAUAGUCGGUUUUUAAACAGGGUAAUUUUAAAUACAAAACACGGUUACCGUGUAUAUUUCCCUAUAUAUUUUAGUCAGUAUAGUUCAAAUAUUAUUUGUUUUCCCAAUAAAACAUGCGAUUUAGAGAUCGUAAACUUUGACAAUGAGCACGGAACUUGGCGCUUCUUCAGUUAUGGGAUUUUGUCUAUUUACAAAGAAGACGCUAUAAAACUUAGAGGAUUUAAAGAAGAAAUCAAAGGCUGGGGAAAAGAAGAUGUAGACUUUUAUGAAAAGUGUUUGAAAUCCCAUCUCCAUAUCUUCCGUUCGGCCGAUCCAUAUCUAAUUCAUAUUUAUCACCGUAGAGACUGUGAUCAAACUUUGCCAAAAGACCAACUUACUAUGUGUGUUCAAUCACGUAGUCAAUUAUAUGGUUACGAAAAAGAUUUGUUUAAAAUUUCUAAAGAAUUAAAAUUAGUAGACUAAUAAAACACAUUAAACGAGUAAAAUCUAUCGUUUCUAUCCUAACUACUCAGCACAUAUACUUUUGUUGGGUGUGUUGGAUUUUACUAGAAAUUUUGGCAGAAUAAAUUUGAAUUUCGAAUGAUAAGUGAAUAACUUGAAAUGUUGAAUGAAUAACUUGAAAUGUCGAGAUAAAACUUGAAUUUUCAACAAGCUACCUUGAAUUUUUAUUUCUGGAUUUCAACAGAAUUUGUAGUUUCGAUAUGAAUUUUGACUAUGUAAAUUAAUUUAUUAACUGCUUGGUCCAAUUAGGCGCGAAUUUAACAUUUGCCGGGCCAGUAUAGUCCAAACUUGAGUACAAUAUAAUAUCACCACGGCCUCUUGAUUGUCCUUCGAAAGCUUUUAAAAUUGGGCAUAGGAUCUGUAAGAGGCGCCAUAUUCAGACUUUCGGCAGAAGAGUAAGAUGUUAAACCCCAUUUUUCUAGAAGACUUUAUUAUGCUUAGUUUUAUUCAAUGAAGUCUCGUAUUUUGAUAAUAUCGAGAAUAAAAUAUUGUACAUCAUUGUUGCGUUAUAACAUUGCUUCAAGGUGCAGAUAACCUUGUAACGAUUAAAAUAUUUUCAAUGGAUUAUUGGACACCACUACUAGAAAGUCGCAUUGUUUACUUCUCUAAAUCCAAACUUGCAAAUAUCUGAAAUUUUGACAAUUUUCCCAUUAUCUAUUGUCUUUGUCGUCGCAUUUACAGUAGCCCAAGUGUUUAUGUUACGAAGACAUAAAACUUUCGCUUGAUUCUCGUGGGAAAUUGUGAAAACAGUUUUAAACUAUAAAAGUCGACUCCAACUUAAUUUGCUCUAACGCGAAAUAAUUUUUUCUAAAGUUUCUGUUCAAUUAAAGAAUAAUUCAUAUUCAAGCUAAUUAAAUCUCAUGAUGUAAAACUGAACAUGAAUUGGUUAGGCGAAAAUAAAUGAGAUUGGUGGAUGGGGAUGGUAAUAUUAUUCCUAGAAACCUGACGACAAUGGUAU